GCACGCUACCGACAGAGAUACCAACUGUAAAUACAACACAAACGUUGCGUCAUAUUGCGCACUGUGUCUCGAGUCGUGUGUCGCGAAUCUCGUUUUCGAAAGAGCACGCACACACAUGCCGCGUCGUGAAAUCAAAUCAUCGGCCCGGGAAACAAGAGUGGAUAAAUCACGAGCGAUAAUUCACGGUGUUCGUCAGAUGCGAUCGGUUUUGGCGCGUGUGGUUGCGUACGUGUCGCGUGACUGUCGAUUCACGUAUCUGUGCGCGCUCGGUAGGUCAAAAUGGCGUGAACCGACCGUGCGAUUUUAGGUUAUCUUCGCUCGUGGCAAAUCAGCGCGGGUACAGAAACAAAGACGCGCGCCUCACCACCAGUGGAAUCGUUUCUCUUGUGUGCUCACCACGAUCCUCCACGUGCGUUUUUGGGUCCGAGUUACAUGAGUUAUGAGGACGGAAUGCCCGCAGGCGGUAACAGUCGUUUCCGCGGUUACCCAGCGCGGAUGUCCGAGCGACAACAGCUUGCGCUUCUUCUUCAAAUGACCUCACAGGAAAUAGUAUCAGGCGGAAACAGAACAGAAAACACAACUACAUCAAACACCACCCCAAGGUCGUCGACAUUACAGCAGCGAGGGUCAAAAGGCCGCUGGACUAGCAAAAAUGGGGAAUCGGCAGUGCAAGCCUCUAUCAAUCGCAAAGAAGAUUUUCGAGUGCGACAGAUGCUCGUGAAUGGAUACGAUCUCAACAGCGCACGACCGACAAUGUCGUUGGCGGGUACAGAUAUUACAGGUGCGAGUUCACCUGAUGAAAGUACAACAGUUACCCCUGAUAGCCCAUGCUCUCCGGCUGAAACGAGCGCAUCAGCGCCGUCAAACGAACAACAAGAACAGGAGCAGCAACAACAACAACAGAAACAACAGCUUUACCAACAUCACCAUUCUCAAUUCCAACAGCAGCAGCAACGUACGACCGGAAGUGCGCCAGCCGCUGCACCGCACGUUGCUGAGGACAGUGGAGCCCCCUGUGAGAUGCGGAGGACACCACCGCAAAAUAAAGUCGAUAGAUCGGGAACCGGGCAGUCUGGAAGCUCGCCGAGGGUGACGCUUCGACUCAACCAGGUGCGAGUAGCGAGGGAUGAAAAGAAAGGAGGGGGCGCUACUAACUCCCGUCAGGGCGGCAUGAACGCACAGAACCAAGGUCAAAUGGAAACUUCGUCGAAGACGUCGUCAAACGUCUCGUCAGGGACCGUGAAUGCCGCCUCGGGCUCUAGUGCCUCUGGGAACACAUCGUCUACUGGUGACAGUGGCGAUGUGUACGAGUUCAAAAGUUCAAAGGAGCCGACACCGGUCAGAGGUGCGAGCUCAUCGCCGAAUCCUAAUCCCGAGAAAGACAAAGAUGGCAGUAAGUCUGCCGGCGGUCAGGGUGGUCAGGGUGGUGGUAACAACGUGUCCACCGCUGGUAGUGCAACAACAUCUUCCGGUGAAACAACCACCACAUCAAGUACUACCGACGAUGCCCCUGCGGUUUCAGCGUCGCCUUCGUCUAAACGCGCGUUUGAAAGCGACAAUACAGAGGAACAGGACGAAGAGAAUCGCCGGAAGAAACGGAAAGACUCGGAGCCUGUGAAAGAAAAUUUGAAAGGCACCACCACGGGAAGACAGAGUACUGGUAGAAAUGCUGCCAACACAGGAGAAAAGUGUACAAAAUCGGGUAAACAGGGAUCUGGAACAACUUCUGGUAAAAGUAAUCAAAAUACAACUUCGAUCAAUGCAGAUAGAAAAAGUCCAAGUACUUCAAUGGCGAGCAGUCCCAAACCUUCGAAUCCUCCUGGUUCUACCACUAACAGUAAAACAAACACACCAGCGCCUCCUGAAUCCGACGGCGAAGACGAUCGAUCGAAGGGUUCGGAUUCUAAUUCAGCUCCUAAAGUACCACCCUUAAAAAUAGUUAUUCCACAAAGUACCACAUCCGAGCAAGAGCAAGGUAAUAGAAACGGAAAAAGCACAUCAAACAGGAGUCAUCAGUUGCCCUAUGUAGUCGCUAGCUCUAAUAGUAAUGAUUCCACGGAUAAAGAUCAGAAUCAGUCCAACAGUGGUACAACGAGUCCUACGGAGAGUGGAAAUAGCACUAAAAAUGAAGAUAAAAAGGAUUUCAGCGGUGCUCUACAUGGUGAAGAAAGAUCGACACAUCAUCAGAGAGUGCUCAGAAGUUCACAUAGAUCUGGUAAUGGCAGCAACGGUUCAGCCACCCUGAAGGAAAAUUCUGCCACUGCGGGUAAUGGGAAUUAUUCGAAUUCAUCUCCUUUACCAGUUGCUGCUUCAACGGAUCGUUCCAAUAAUUCGUCUCCACAACAACGGCAUCACUCACCAACGCCUGAAACAACUGGUUCUGAAUUGAGCAAGAGUACCUCGACAGAAGUCUCGAAUAAUAACACCGUUUCAAAGACAAACGUCAUGGCAGAGAAAUCAGAAAAGAACAACGAAAUUAGUGGAAAAUGUCAGAAAGAUAACGGGACGGAAAAUUCAGAGAACAUUUCUACAACUACCUCAUCGACAACGACGAACGCGGGCACUCCAGCACCGCCUGUUGAACUUCAUCCCAGAAAGAGAAAAAUGAAACCCAAUAAAGAAGCACAACAAGCUGCUACAGCUGCCUCCAAUGAAGCAUCCGAAGCGACGAAUACAGGUCCAGAAGUUCAUCCGCACGAUCAACCGAUCACUAAUUGUUAUCAGCUGUUUUUAAACAUUAGAAAACAGAUUGAACGAAGAAGAAAAGGCCUUUUUCCGGUUCAACCAAAACCGCCUCAGGGUUUCAAGGAUUAUUUAAUGAAUCGUUGUACAUAUGUAUUAGCUGGAAAUGCGAAUAAAGAACCGAAUGUUAAUCCUCCGGUCGGAUUACAAGGCGCUAUGAAGGACUUGUAUAUUGAACAAGAGAAAGAGAGAUACCGUCUUAGGAUGCAGCACGUUGUUGAAAAAGAAAAACUAGUUCUUUCGGUGGAACAAGAAAUACUUAGAGUACAUGGUAGGGCUGCUAGAGCUCUUGCCAAUCAAUCCCUCCCUUUUUCUGUUUGUACAAUAUUAAAGGAUGAAGAGGUUUAUAAUGUCAUUACUCCAGAACAAGAAGAGAAAGAUAGAAACGCAAGGAGCAGAUAUAAUGGCAGAUUAUUUUUGAGUUGGUUACAAGAUGUAGAUGACAAGUGGGAAAAAAUUAAGGAAGCAAUGUUACUCAGGCAUCACAAUGAGGCUGAAUCAUUGCAUGCUGUACAAAGAAUGGAUUGGGAAUGGAAACUGAAGGAAGUUGGAUUAUGUGAAUUUAAAGCAACACCACAGAUAGAAGAUAUUCAUGUCCCAAUGGUACAUGUUUCGGACGAUUUUGAUUUACUCCCAGCUUAGUGUACAGUGAUUGCACAAUUGAUACGGCAUAACUGUUUUGCUCAUACCUUUGAAAUGAACUCAAAGAGUAUGAUUACAAUCUGUGAUCUUUUUAAUAACGUAUUCGCCAUUCUUGCACGAUUACCAAAUUACAAUG